AUGAGCGUCGAUACUCUAGAACCUGCUGCUGCUGCGGCUCCGGCUUCAGCGGCCGACAUUGAAGAGAGACGAUGGAAGUAUCUCAACCACAUCCGUCGAAAUCCAGGCCCCUAUACCGACCCCGAUGCUACCGGUCCCGAGUUUCUCGAGCAGUUUGACAAGUUCAAGGUUCUCGUCAUCGGCGCUGGUGGCCUAGGAUGCGAAAUCCUCAAGAACCUCGCCAUGUCGCGAUUCAAAAACAUUCACGUAAUAGACAUGGGUCCGUCCGCCACCCCCUCCACCGCUACUGACAUGACCAUCAGCUCACGGCGCUCUCCAGAUACCAUCGACAUCUCCAACCUGAACCGACAGUUCCUCUUCCGCAAGUCCGAUGUCGGCAAGUACAAGGCCGAGGUGGCCGCCGAGUUCGUGCAGAAGAGGGUCAAGGGCGUGUCCAUCACGGCGCACAACAACCGCAUCCAGGACUUUGACGAGGAGUUCUAUAACCAGUUCCAGCUCAUCAUCUGCGGCCUGGACAGCAUCGAGGCGCGUCGGUGGAUCAACGCCAUGCUGGUGUCCAUCGCGGAGGAGGGUAAGGACCCCGAUGCGAUAAAGCCACUCAUCGACGGCGGCACCGAGGGCUUCAAGGGCCAGGCCAGAGUCAUCAUACCAUCCAUAACCUCGUGCAUCGAGUGCCAGCUGGACAUGCACGCCCCACGUGCAGCUGUCCCGCUCUGCACCAUCGCCUCGAUCCCGCGCCAGCCCGAGCACUGCAUCGAGUGGGCCCAUGUCAUUGCCUGGGAGCAGGAGAAGCCGUUCCCCAAGCUCGACAAGGAUGAUCCGGAGCACGUCACCUGGCUGUUCCAGAAGGCCCUGAUCCGCGCCCAAGAGUUUGGCAUCUCGGGCGUGACGUAUUCCCUAACGCAAGGUACCAUCAAGAACAUUAUCCCGGCCAUUGCAUCCACCAAUGCCAUCAUUGCUGCCGCCUGCUGUAACGAGGCCUUCAAGAUUGCCACUGGCUCGGCCCCAUGUCUGGGAUUCGAGUCCAACUAUAUGAUGUACUCGGGGAACGACAGCAUCUACACCUACACUUUCAAGCAUGAGAAGAAGGAUGACUGCCCCGUCUGCGGACGCCAAGCCCGCCCUCUCGAAGUCGACCCCAAGACUACUCUGCAAGACCUUAUCGACUCGUUCGCUGUACGACCCGAAGCCCAGCUCAAGAAGCCAUCCAUCCGCGCCGAGAGCAAGACCCUAUACAUGCAGUUCCCCCCUGGCCUAGAAGAGCAGACACGUCCCAACCUGAGCAAGUCACUCAAUGAGCUUGGUCUUGAGGAAGGGCAGGAAAUUGUAGUAACCGACCCCGCAUUCCCCCUCGAGUUCAACUUCUUCCUCAAGUUCAAGACGAGUUCCUGA